UGUGGUUAAAAUAUAAAUUGAAUUGUUGCAACACUGUAAUAACGACAUUCUUUCGCGGCGUGCGACAUGACGCGCCGGUGAAUUUUAAUAUAAAUUUGACGUAAUUCUUCCGUGCAUAUCUAGAAAAUAAGACUUAACAAUGGCUGAUCAAGUGGAUUCAAUGUCAGACGCCGAAUUGCGGACAAAACUGGCUGAGCAUGGAUUCCCUGUUAUGCCAAUAACCGCCUCCACAAGAAAACUGCUGGUGAAAAAGUUAAAAUUAGUGUUGGAUAACAAAUGUAAGCCGCGGACUAGCGUUGACAACAAGGUUGAAAAGAGAAGGACACUCGCGCGCUAUUCCAGCGGCGAGGACUCUGAUUUAGAUGAUAAAAACAAUAAAGAUAAACGCGGCCGGAGAGCUACAACUGGCGGGUCCAUGUUGCCGCCCGCGGUCAAUAAGACUCGUCGCGCGCCUACGAAGAGAGAUUCUCCGGCGAAACGCGACUCCGAUAAAGGCUCAGAAUCCGACGAGGAGCGGUCUCCCGUGCAAACUCACGAAGAGGUGGAGACCGUGACGACACGACGCGUGACGCACACGUACAGCGAGCCCGACGACUAUGAGACGGGCUCCGACAGUGACGUGGACGGCGACAAGAAGACCGCCUCGCCGUUCCGCAGCAACUCGCGCGCCAGUGACACCAUCUCCAGCACUCUGCCCACGGCAGACGCGGCGACCAGCCCGCCCAAGUCGUCGAUAUUCUCUCGACCCUCUAUAUCACCUAGUAACUACUCAUCAACAUUUAAAUCCACACUGGGCUCGCAGGAUCAGUUAAACUCUAUUCGGUCACGGUUAGGCUUGACGUCGUCGCUGGCAGACAGACCCUCAUUCAGCAACUACACAUCAAGUUACAUUAGUAACAGCUAUCAACCGUCAACAUCCACAGUGGAUGAAGUAGAAUCUCCAUAUUUAAGUAACUUCACAAGACGUUUGUCAGCUUUGAAGUCUGAUCCACCAAAAACAACUUCAUUUCUGGAUAGAGACUCAACCAACGGAAGCACAGUAAUCCCACGCAGGUCUUACAUCACUGGUGUAUCUAGAUCUGACAUAGGUGAUUAUAAAGUAACCAAUGAGAAGAAAUUGUUAAAAAAUAACCUGGUGUCACUAGCACUGGUUGUGUUGGUUGCACUUUUUUUUUUUUGCUUAUUCUUUAUGUAUAUGGUAAAAAAGAAUGACAUAACAUCUGUUGUAGAUGAUCCAAACAGUGUAAUACCCAUAUGCCAGUUAAAUAUACCAGGCAACAGGCCAGGUAUUAAUUGUGUGCCUAAAGAACAAGUCAGUUAUGCUAAAGAUCUGCUUAAAGUUAUACACCCAGAGUUGACUACAAGAACAGCUUCGUACAAGUGUGGCCAGCCAGGGGUCUACCCUUACCUGACUGAGAAUGACAUACUGAAUAUUGCAAGCUCUAAAGCUGAGACCUCUGACAUUAGUCAAUGUAGGACAGACCUCAAUAACCUACAAGUUCUGCUCAUCAAUAAUCCGCAGUGGGGACUCAGAGUGGUGGCACUGAAAAAUGUUUAUACAAAAGAUGCAGAAUUUUCCCCAAUACAAUCAACUGAUGUAGUUGUCCAACACAGGGCCAGCCGUAAUGUAGCAAUCACUUUAAUUGACCCUUCAACACCACUGUCAUGCCUAUUGCUCAACACGCUAUACUCUGCUGGCUCUACUAUUUUUGUGGUGUCUGUACUUACACUCUUACUGUUUGGGAUACAACGUUUUUAUAAAUAUUACAUGAGCUAUAAGAAAAGAAAAAGUGAGGAGGUAUACUCCAUGGUGGAACAGAUAAUAGACAUAAUUACUCAAGAAACCGAAGGGGAAGGAGCCGAACCCUACAUAUCCGUGGACCAUGUCAGAGACACACUCAUAUCACCACAGAACAGGGAAAAAAUGUCAGCAGUAUGGGAUGCAGCGGUAAAGUUUAUCCAGAAGAAUGAGAGCCGAGUAAGGAUGGAAGUACAAUCUGUAGAUGGCGAGGACUGCCGCGUGUGGCGCUGGGUUUCGUCCAGCAGUCCGAAGAGGAGCGCCGCGUGGCAGGGGCAAGCGUUCGAGACGCAGGAAGGCUCCGUCAACAAUCCUACGGUGUCGCCCACGCCGUGCCUCAAGAUCAGGCACAUGUUCGACAAGAACGACAACAACCCGAACCUGCGCACGGUGCUGCAGGAUGUGAUCCUGGAGAAGUGCGGCGACAACUGCAACAUCCUGCACGUGGACAUCGAGCGCAGCUCGUGCUGCGUGUACGUGAAGUGCGCGUCGCCGGCGGGCGCGGGCGCGGUGUACCGCAGCCUGCACGGCUGGUGGUACGACGGGCGCCUCAUCACGGUGCGCUACCUGCGGCUGGAGCGCUACAUGCAGCGGUUCCCGGAGUCGCCCGCGGCGCCGCCCUACCUGCGGCUCUCCCGCCCGCGCCGCGCCGAACACACCUAGACUGCAGGACAGACAGUGACAGUGCGCUAUACUAAGUGUUCAACUCCUUGUUUGGUUCGAUAGUUUGACUACGCCCUCAAAAACGUCUCGAUGCUUUUUUUGGAUUCAUUUGUCGUUAACUUAUACAUAAUAAUCGAAUAAGUUGCAUAAUAUGUCAUUGCUUAAUGCUAAUUCCGAAUUUGUUGACAUAUCUAUUAUAAACAAUUAAUUUCGAUAAAAUUUAUAAUUUUCUUAUUCUUGCCUGUAUUUGUUUAGUUUAUUUUUAUUUGACAUUGUAAGCAUUGACUUGACGUCCGAAAGAUUUGUAAUUUUAAGUACUUUUACUGCUGUCAAUUAAACAGUUAUCUCGAAAGCAUUUGUUAAUACAUAAUAUUUUAUUCACAUGAAGUCUGGUGCAAGAUAUUUUUCUUUGGAAAGUCAUUAUAAAUAGUUUAAUAUAGCACACCAGGCUGUCAACUGCACAUGCAUUGAGUGCUCUGGAUAACAAUCCAGCGCACCAGUGUCAGUUGUCAUUACUUUUAAACUAAGUUAUAUAUUCAACAUAUACUUUGGUGUAUCUCAUCACCAGUACAAUCACAGUUGGACUUUGUAAAUACAUCACAAGAUUCAAAAUGUUAUGACUUGUUAGUAGCUGGGUUGCUUCAAUUUGUUAAGAAAUAUUUUGAAAGGAUUUGAAAGUUGUAGUUUUAACUAGUGUAAGUUUAGUGUAUCUAAUAUAAUUACAAAAAUAUUUUUUUCUACUCGGCAAUAGCACAACAUGUAACGUCUAUGUAUGUGUGAAUUAAUUGAUAAUAUGUUGUCAUUUAAGUAUUUCUACUAACUUCACUGUUUAAUGUUAGUUAUUUCUAUGGAUUGAUUUUUCAUUUUCUAAUAAAUUUGAUAUAAGUUAA